AGCUUUCCUGACGGCUGCGGGCCCUUUAAAUGUUGGCGCCCGGCCCCUGCUGCGAUCGGCUGGGAGACCCCGUAGCUCCAGUGAGAGGUGAAACCAAGAUGGCGGCCGCAUAGUGACUGAGGCUCAGACAGAAGGACACGGGACGGCCGCCGCUUCAGCCAUCCUCCCCACCCGCGGAGCGGAUUCGCUUCUUUGCCGGGUGCACGGAAGGGCUCCGGAGGCGUGAAAGGGACGAGGGAGCUUGGCGGGAGUGCCGGCAGCAUCCGGAAGAACGAGCGCAGGAAGAACAUGGCGGCGGCGGCGGUGGCAUCGCGUUGAGAGUGCAGUCAUCGCUGCUCGUGAGGGGGAAGAUCGCGCCACAGGAGAGGGGCGCCCACGCCGCGUGCCAUUCCGCCCCACGCGGGCACCUUCCUCUCCACGGCCCCGUCCCGGCAAGCGCGGCGUCCCCCGCGGCCCCCUUUUAGGUCGUGGCCUUCCCUGGGAAGAAGGGGCGGUUCCGUCUCGGUCCCUUCGCCUGGCUAACGGAGCGCGAGGAAAGGGGCUUCGGGCCUAGCAGCGCCUUGCACAAUAGGCCUGGUCGAAGGGGGGAUUUGACCCCCUUUCCCCCUGCUUCCCCGUUCCCCUCCGCUGGCCUCUUCGCCCCCUUCUCCUAAGGAUGCCCCGGCAGUAUCCGCGGAUUUGCCUCCCCGUCCCCGUGGCGUUUUUACGUCUCCUUUUGAAGGCUUUUUGCAGGGCCAGCUAAUCCUUCCCACUUUUCCUGUCACGGGCCUGUUUCCCACUUGCUGCUUUUCGGUUCACCUCGUCUGCCCCCUAACCAGCAUUAGCCGUCUGCACUGGUGAAUUAUUGGUUUUUGUUUUUUUUUUGUUUUGUUUUUUUGUUUGCUUUGAAUCGCCUAGAUUCCUCUUUAACUGUUCCCAUUUUCAUCGCCCUCUUUUCAUUUUCUCCUGGUGUUUCUUCUGUUCCUUCUCUUUGAAAUCUUGACGUUUUUAUUUCCUGUUUUUCCCCUUUUCUACAAAGCUACCAUUUUGACAGAAAAAAACUUCUGUUCCUCCCCUGGUAGCCUUGCCUCCUGUUUUAAGCUGCCCCCCUUUUGGGGUGAUGAGGCAGUUAUUUUAACAGUACCGAUAAAAAGAUCUGUUUGGGGUAUUGUGUGGGACUCUUGCUCCGUUUUCUGCUCCCCUUAAUUGAGGGGGGCAAAGCCCCCCCAUCACAGCUUUUCUUGAUAGACUAUCACAGACCCUUGUGGUUUGGAAAAGGCAGAAUGACCGAUACUCGGAGGAGAGUGAAGGUUUAUACAUUAAAUGAAGACAGACAGUGGGAUGAUCGGGGCACUGGACAUGUGUCCUCUGGCUAUGUGGAAAGGCUGAAGGGCAUGUCCCUGCUUGUCAGGGCAGAAAGUGAUGGUUCUCUACUUUUGGAGUCCAAAAUCAACCCUAAUACUGCCUAUCAGAAGCAACAGGACACGCUGAUUGUGUGGUCUGAAGCAGAGAACUAUGACCUGGCUCUUAGCUUUCAAGAAAAGGCUGGCUGUGAUGAAAUAUGGGAAAAAAUAUGUCAGGUUCAGGGAAAAGACCCUUCAGUGGACAUUACUCAGGAUCUUGUGGAUGAAUCUGAAGAGGAACGUUUUGAUGAUAUGUCAUCUCCAGGUCUAGAGUUACCAUCCUGUGAAUUAAAUCGAUUAGAAGAGAUUGCAGAACUUGUGGCAUCUUCACUGCCUUCCCCAUUGCGGCGUGAAAAACUUGCUUUAGCACUUGAAAAUGAGGGCUACAUAAAAAAACUCUUAGAAAUUUUUCAUGUGUGUGAGGACUUGGAAAAUACUGAAGGACUACAUCAUUUGUAUGAAAUUAUUAAGGGAAUCUUCCUCUUGAAUAGAACUGCACUUUUUGAAGUCAUGUUUUCUGAAGAAUGUAUAAUGGAUGUAAUUGGAUGUCUAGAAUAUGAUCCUUCUUUAUCACAGUCACGGAAACACAGGGAAUUUCUGACAAAAACUGCAAAAUUUAAAGAAGUUAUUCCAAUAUCUGAUCCGGAGCUGAAACAAAAAAUACACCAGACAUACAGAGUACAAUAUAUUCAAGAUAUGGUUCUACCUACUCCUUCAGUAUUUGAGGAAAACAUGUUGUCUACUCUUCAUUCAUUCAUAUUUUUUAAUAAAGUAGAAAUAGUUGGUAUGUUACAGGAAGAUGAAAAAUUCUUAACAGACCUAUUUGCACAACUUACAGAUGAAGCUACAGAUGAAGAGAAAAGACAGGAAUUGGUAAAUUUCCUUAAAGAGUUUUGUGCAUUUUCUCAAACAUUACAACCUCAAAACCGUGAUGCUUUUUUCAAAACGUUGUCAAAUAUGGGCAUACUUCCAGCACUAGAAGUCAUACUAGGCAUGGAUGAUGCCCAAGUACGUAGUGCGGCUACUGAUAUAUUCUCAUAUUUAGUUGAAUAUAACCCAUCUAUGGUACGAGAAUUUGUCAUGCAAGAAGCUCAGCAGAAUGAUGAUGAUAUCUUGCUCAUUAACCUCAUCAUAGAACACAUGAUUUGUGAUACAGAUCCAGAACUUGGAGGAGCAGUCCAGUUGAUGGGCCUAUUACGUACUUUGGUGGAUCCAGAAAACAUGCUAGCUACUGCAAAUAAAACAGAAAAGACAGAAUUCUUGGGAUUCUUUUAUAAACACUGUAUGCAUGUUCUCACUGCACCAUUACUGGCCAAUACUACAGAGGAAAAGCCUAGCAAAGGUGCCCUACGUUUUAAAAGAAAGAUAAUUGGAUUGAAAGAUGAAUUUUACAAUCGCUAUAUAAUGAAAAGUUUUUUGUUUGAACCAGUAGUCAAAGCAUUUCUCAACAAUGGAUCCCGCUAUAAUCUAAUGAAUUCUGCUAUUAUAGAAAUGUUUGAAUUUAUUAGAGUGGAAGACAUAAAAUCCUUAACAGCUCAUGUAAUUGAGAAUUAUUGGAAGGCACUAGAAGAUGUAGAAUAUGUACAGACUUUCAAAGGUUUGAAAUUACGUUAUGAGCAACAAAGGGAAAGACAAGAUAAUCCCAAACUUGACAGCAUGCGAUCCAUCUUAAGAAACCAUAGAUACCGAAGGGAUGCAAGGACCUUGGAGGAUGAAGAAGAAAUGUGGUUUAACACUGAUGAAGAUGAUAUGGAAGAUGGAGAGGUAGUGGUGCCACCCGCUGAUAAAAGUAAAAAUGAUGAAGAUAUUAUGGAUCCUAUAAGUAAAUUUAUGGAAAGAAAAAAAUUUAAAGAAAAUGAAGAAAAGGAGGUCCUUCUGAAAACUAACAUUUCUGGUCGCCAGAGUCCAAGUUUUAAACUUUCCUUCUCAAGUGGUACAAAGACUAACCUCACCAGCCAGUCAUCAGCAAGUAAUUUGCCUGGUUCUCCUGGAUCUCCAGGAUCUCCUGGGUCACCAGGAUCUCCCGGAUCAGUUUCUAAAAGCACAUCUCAGAUGGCAGCUAUAACUACAAAGAGAGGACUAGUUGGGCUCGUAGAUUAUCCUGAUGACGAUGAGGAAGAGGAUGAAGAAACUCUACCUUUGACACAGAAAGCAAAGUUAGAGUCUUCAUAAUGACAAGUAUGAAGACCAGUAUGGAUUAUGAUAUAAACUAGGUUUCCGGAUUUCCAGAGUGGGAAGUCCAUAUUAAUAAUAAACUAAAGAAUUACUGUGUAUAACACAGAUCAACUUUAAAACAGAUUCUGCUAAUGAGUGCCAAUUUGGCGGAGCAGAAGAAGAGGAAAUACUACGCUUUAUGGAAAAACAUGCCUUUGACCUCUCCAGCUUGGACCACACAUUGCCCUUUUCUCAGGGAAGGAAAUGGAAAAUACAACGCCAACAGGGCAGGAGUUUUGAUGGUGGAAUUCUGGAUGGGCUGUUCAGUUGUUACAAUCAGAUUAUGAUUUCUUGGACCAUGUACAAGAUUUUGAAGAAAAGGCUUUUCUGCCAUAAUUCUUCAUUAACUAAGAAUGCCAGCAGUUUCUUUAUAUAAAGAGACCUGCCUUUAAAACCACACAUUCUGAACAUUUUAGUCAAACUUCAACAGAUUUUAAAAACAAAAAACUUUUCGGGGAGGGCUCAACAUGUUUCCUCUUUUUUAAUCUGUUCCCUUUUGCCCUUUAAACUGCAGAUUUUUGUUUGGAUAUGAGGGAUAUAUCUAUCCCUUAAUUAAAAGAUUGAAUGGAAUUCUAGAUGUCACUUUUAUGUCAUAAUUUUAUUUUUAUUUUGCCCCGAGUGUAUGCUUGGUUGUUGAGUAUAUAUUUGGGACCAUUAAAAUUUUUUGAUGUAAUAUAAUCUCACUGUUGUGCUGGUACCUGUUUCAUAUGUGUAAUUCUGUUCUACAUCACAUUUCCUAAUGUGUUUAGAAUUUUAUGGGAGAUGGUAUAGUUUUUAUUGAAAAAGAGCAAAUUAAUCUUGCCACAAUGUGCAUACAAAAGCAAUACUAUUUUGUGACUAAAUAUUUUAUAUUAAACUUUACAUCAUCAACUGUCUUGAAACAAUUCAGGGAAAUAGGUUGAUUUUUUUUUUUACCAGAAAAAUACUUUUUAAGUAAUCUAUAAAUAUGAAAUUAGUAUUCCAAAGAGAUUUUGAAAUUUCUUAACUCGGAACAUACUGGUAUGUUUAAAUUCAAUUUAAAGUGGUUAUAAAGAGUACAGUCAUACUAACACAUUUGAAUUUUGAAAAUAAAAAAAAUUAAAAUUAAGGAUUACAGCAUUAGUGGUAUUUUUUAAAAGUGAUUCCCUUUGGAAUACCAGUUUUAAUUUGCACAUUAUUCUGGGCUUAUGACAUUUUUAUGAGAAUUUAAUUAAACUCAUUCUUGGUAAGAAAGUAAGUUAUUCUAGAGAGGAAAUAGUUAUCAUUGCCUUAUUGCAUACUAGACUAAUAUCCCAAUUAAAAAACUGUUAUAUAGAUUUUAUUUGAAUGCACUUAGAUCCUAGUCAUCAAAAUACAGCAAUUUUUCUGUAAAAGUGCAUGUUUCAAGUAUGAUUUAUAUCCAGUUUCCUCAAUCCUUCACAGUUUAAAAGACUUAUUCUUCAGGUUAAAACUUCGGAUAAAAUUCCAAUGCCCAAAUAUUGUGCUUUACAAAAUUGUCUUGGGUUUUUUAGAUGUAUUAGCUGCAAAUUUGUAUUAGAUAUAUUUCCUGUUUAUCCUAAUAACUUAGUUAUCCACCAAUCCACCAGGGAAUAAGGAGAUGUCUAUGUUGUUGCUUCCAGUGAUUUACUAUCCAUACCAUGGAUAAUUGUGUGCAGUGGUUGAUGGCAAGCACAGGACUGUGUUAUUGCUAAAUUAACUUUUUCCUAAUUUUAUCUACUCAAUGACAAUCAUCUUCUUGUCCUCAUGAGAUACUUACAUAUAGGUCAGGAAGCCAUGGUAUGGUCAAAACAUGAAACUGAAACAGACUGCUUCCAGAUUGGUAGAGGAGCAUGACAAGGCUGUGUACUCUUUCCUUAUUUAUUCAAUUUACAUGCUGAAGCUGGAUUGGAAGAUGAACAUUGCAUGCAAUUUACAUGGGCACAAGUUAGACUAUGUUUCUCCAUCUAUGAUACUGCCCUUAUCCUAGUCCAACAUUUAGGUCAUCUUAUGUCAAAUCUUCACAUUCCAGAAAGUAACAAGUUUCAUGCUUCAUAUAUCACAGAGCAAGGAAUCUAAACUUUGUUUAAUUACAUCUUCCUCCAAGGAUGCCAUACCAGCUUUGAAAAUCAUUGAGCGAUUCCUAAAAUGUGCUUGUAUUUUAGGACAGAAUACAGGUAAUCCUUGCUUACCAAACACAUUUGGGACUGGCAGUUCCAUUGCUAAGUGCUACAGUUGCCAAGCAAAAAAAAUCACAUGAUUGUACUGGACUUAUGACACUAGAGAGAGUAUUUGUAGCUUGGGUUGUAGGUUGUGGCAGGCAUUUGUUCUCCAAGCUU